UCCGCGACAUACGAAUCCGGUUUGUGUCGACGUCGCGCUUUCUUGCUGGAUUCUUCCUGCUGUUCUCCGUUCGUUGGUUGGAACCUCGGCUAUUGUAAAACUUUUACCGAGUCGUUACAGUUUUGGGUUUUUCGAGACGUUGAGAUUCGGGGAAAUUAGAAAAGGGCGUCCUUGGGGAAACGACGAAAAAGAUCGCUUCAAAAGUGUCUAGUUUGGGCCUUUUUGGGUCAGAAGUGGACGCGCGGUCAUUACGUUGAGUGCCUUUUUAUUGGAUACACCGGAUGUCGUCCGAAUACAGCAGGUCUUUUCCCCCUAAACAAUGCUGACAUGGACCGAAAAACAACGAUAAGAUAAGACGUCUUGAUCUUCGACCUUAACGAGAAUGAAGAAGAACUCGAACAUCAGUUACAGCGUCUAACAUUUCGAAGCAUGACAUAGGAACCUCCUAAAACAUGUUGAAACCUAGUUCUUCCUCGAUUUUUUACGUGCUUCUCGUGUGGGUUGUGGGAAGUUGCUAUGGCUUCGUUUUACUAUCGUCGGCAGCCGGACAGAACGGCGAUGUGAAGUUGUUCGUGCCCGGGGAAGAAACACUCUACAAUCUGCAUUCGACGGUCGUUCUGAACGAGAAAAAUGGAGAGUCGAAAAGUGUGGGUUAUAUCGUUUCCGGGAAGGUUGUGGUGCAGGUUGUUUGGAGUAAGGAAUACGAGAAAAUCUUGAAAAUUCAGUUGAAAGAACCCAAACUGCACAUCAAAUCCAGAAAAGCGCCAUCUCCAGACGGUUUCGUGUUUCACACGUCCAGACUCCAAGAAUUCACCAACGAACCAUUCUACGUGCACUGGGACAACGGAAAGAUCACAAAGAUUCUAGUCAACGCCAAAGAACCGACCUCUCUCGUCAACCUUAAGAAGGGAAUCGCAAGUUUGUUCCAGUUCCAACUCCUGGACGGCACCUACGAAGAAACGGACUCCUCGGGGACGUGCACGGUGAGCUACACCUCCCAAGAACCCCGCAAGAUCGUGAAAACGAAACGAGACUGCAUUUCCUCCGACCUACCCUACCUCAAGAACCCGGAACUCUCGUUGGACGCCAUCGUCACGUCGACCAGACAAGUCGACUACGUAUUCGACCAGAACUACCAACACUUCCAGACCGUGAGGUCCCAAGAGACGCACGUCAUGUCGGUGUCCUCCAGGGAGGAUUUCGGGAACCAGGUGCAUUCCGAUCACUUCCUAGAAUUCGCGGAGGCGUCUCAAGAUAAGAUCUCGGCUCUAAGGGGAAACACCGCCGAUGACGCGCUGAAGAAAUUGAUAUCGUCGGAGAACUUGAGCGAGGAAAGCUUGAGGACCGAUAAGGAAUCCGGUCAAAACGAGGACGCGAAGGGUUUCUCGGAAUCCGUGAACGAGGUCAGGGAGCUUUUGGCCUCUGAACUGUUAGGAACCGCAGGUCCAGCCAAAGCCUUCUUGAAGUUGGUGUAUACUGCUCGAGGUGCGUCGAAGAAAGAUAUCCAGAAAACGUUGAAUUCCAAGAAGAAUGCCAAAAUUUUACCUCAACUUAUGGAUGUAUUGGGCUCUUCACAGACAUUGGCUACGUACGAAGCUGUGAUGGGUUAUCUGGAUUUGACUAAAGAGGAACAAUUGGAUCUAUCGGAAAGAUAUCUGUGGGCUCUCUCCCUCGGAUCCAACCCUAAUCAGGAUAUCGUGGAAAAACUUUUCAACAAAUACAAAAAAAGCGAGAAUAUUCCCGUGAAACUAAACGAGACUCUUCUCCUAACAGUAGCCAGCAUGUGUCGUAGACUAACCACAUCCCCUAUUAAUCACGAUGAAAAGAUAAAUCAAAAAUUCGAAAAGCUCGUCCUGGAGAAACUGAGAAAAUCCAAAGACGAAGAGAGCUACCCAUAUCUCAGAGCCCUGAAGAACCUCAGGUCGCCCACCACGAUCCCAGACCUCCUGAAAAAAAUCAGACAAGGUUCAGCGAAAGAGGGCGCUUUGGCGUGGAAAGCCCUCAUAGCCUUCGACAGGCGACACUGGACGCCGGAAGUCAAGAAAGCAGCCAAGAAGACUUUCCUACAACUGGACAGGAAGCACGACUCCAGUUCCAGGUCCAUAGCGUCGGAAAUACUCCUCGAAUCCCGACCAGAGGACGCCACGCUGAAGGAGAUAAUCCACCAUUUGGCCUCCAACGAUACGGCCUACGAGAUCACGCAGUACGCGCUGCAGAAGAUCAGGAUGAUGGCCGAAGACGAUCCGGAGCUCAAACGAAGGGUUGUCCAGAUAAUUAAGUCCGAUAAGAAGAUAAACAAUUAUUCCGUGUUGAACCCAAGGGGGUUAUCCACCGCCAUAAAGAGGUAUUUCGUUCAGAACCCUUCCGGUAACGGCAGUUUGAUAUCCCUUCAAGAAAUCAACAGCGCGAUCGUCAAAAGAGGUAUCGUGAAUAUAGUCUGGGAUAAGAACGGAGAUACCAGUGAACUGUUCAGCUUGGGCAUCUUCACAUCCGGCCUUUCCAGCUUCCGUUCGAGCGACUCUGAGGAAUCCGAGGAAGAUUCCGAGCCUACCACGGCCGGGAUGGAGCUGGCGGUGCUGGGUACCCAGCUGAGGCCGUUCGUCUUCUUCAACGGUCAAGGGGAACUGAUGGGUCACGUUUGGUCUGGUACGGCCUCGGAAAGGACCACCGCUUACCAGGCGCUGAUCAUGAUGCAGGAUCACCUGGAGUACCUGAGAUUAGGAUCGGGAUUCAUCGUCGAACUGGACCUUAGAGGGGCGGUUUCGUUCGAUUUGGCUGGGAAAGUGGAGAUUUCCAUUUGGGGAAGGACCGCGAAUUCGCUCGUUGAGAAAUGUGCCGGCAUAUUCUUAACGGGAUCCAUGAAGAUCGACACGAGUUUCGUGAGGUCGCAAGUUGAGUUUACCACGUCCCUAGAACCCCAACUCAAGCUGGAGUCCGAUAUCGAUUUUUCGGCGAAUAUGAGAUGCUGCAUGAGACUCAGCCAAAUCGACGUGCAACUCAAGCACAAUAUAUUCAAGAUCGAAAGGAUUCCCGGUAGCAAGCACAAGCUUAGAAUCGCCAAGAGUAGGAAAUAUGUUUCUCCGGGAAAAUCGUAUUCUUUGAACAGGAAAAACAACGAAAUGUGCAGUUCUAUCCAUCAAUGAUGCGAUCGUUGAGAGAUUCAAAGAAGUUAGUUGUAAUUUUAACCAAAAAAAAAACGCUCAAAUAGUUUUAAAUAUAUAGAAUAUUGUAAAUAAUGUAUCAUAAGAGGAAUUUAUUUUAAGACUAAGAUCAUAUCAGGAUGUAAUUUAUUGAACUAUAAAAGAAAUACGCUGCGA